AAUAAUAAUAAUAGUAGUGAUGAUCGCACCCAUACCUUCUGCGGCACGCCGGAGUACAUGGCCCCGGAGCUCAUUCGCCGCGCCGGCCACACCACUGCUGUUGACUGGUGGAGUCUCGGUGUGUUCCUCUACGAGAUGGUCGACGGCAUUCCCCCUUUUUACUCCACCAACACCCGGGAGAUGUAUGAGAUGAUCCUCCACAAGCCACUGGUCUGCCCCUCCUCCUUCUCACCCGAGCUGUGUUCCUUACUAGAGCGAUUGUUGGAGAAGGACCCGGCAAAGCGAAUGACCACAGGGGAGGAGUUCUGUGCCCAUCCAUUCUUUCAAUCUAUUGAUUUUGAAAAGUUACUGCGACGGGAGAUUAAACCGGCAUUUGUGCCAGAUGUGCGGCGGAAUGAUUUGCGGUAUUUUGAUAAGCGGUUUCUACAGGAAAGUACACGGGUGGCGCAGUUGGAUCAACCAUGCGAUCCAAGUGAUCCCGACAGUCGCGCCUUUGCGGGAUUUGAGUUUAAUGUAAAUUCACCCACAGCCGCACAUACACCAGUGAAGAAGAAGAAGGAGGAAAAUACGAAAAGUGGUGGAGAAGAAGAAGAGGAAGUAAAAGUAGAAGGAGAGUAA